AAUAAGCGAGCGAGUAGUAACAGCGUUUUUGUUUGUGCGUCGUUACAAUCAAGGACACCUUCUGAGUUCUGAAUUCUGACCUUCGUACCCACCUACCGGUAACCAGACGCUUUCUUCCCUGGAACCGCGUUCACACUUGUACACCCUUGACCCUUCCUCAAUUCUAUUCUCCCCAGGCCACACCCUUUUUAUAUAUGUUCAGCCCCUUGCCAUUCUUGCGUUCACAUUCACAGAUUAUCCAUACAACACACAUUGACAACAAUCCCUCUCUCUCUCCUCCCCACCAAGUAGUAUAUGAAUGAAAUAAAUGUAGGUUCUCUGCCUCUCCCAGCCCAAGAGGACUACUCUUAUUUCUUCAGCUUAUUUCAAGACGUUCUCAACGAAAUGAACACCAACCCCACGGCGGCAACCACCACUGGAAGAAAUGUCGGUGACAAUUGGAGGAAAAGGAAAGUGAGUGAAGGGGAUAGCGCUGAUGAAGAGGAAAUAACGACGCCCAACAACAAGAAUAGGGUUAAAGAGAUUCUUUCUUCUUAUCUUUUAUUGGAGGAGCAAGAAAAAUUGGAUCAACAAGAGUGGAGCAAUGAUUAUCAGCAGGAGAGACAGAUUAUUGAGUCCAAUUACAAACAGAGGAGUCAAGCCAUGCUCGAUUAUUAUAACAAUUUGCAGGGUUAUUACUCUGAUUUGGAGGAGUCAGAUGACCAGCUGAGGACCAAGCGUUCCCGUCUCUCUGCUUCUGCUGUUGCUGCUGCCGCUGUUGCGUCCACUUCCGAUGCCACAAUUCGAGCUGGUGGUGGUGCCGCCACUGGUCACCACCGCCGGUUAUGGGUCAAGGAUAGGUCGCGAGCGUGGUGGGAUCGCUGUAACCAUCCUGAUUUCCCGGAAGAAGAGUUCCAGCGGGCGUUUCGGAUGGGGCGGGCUACUUUCGACAUGAUUUGCGAAGAGCUUAAUUCCGUUGUUGCCAAGGAGGAUACCAUGCUUCGUGCUGCGAUUCCCGUUCGACAAAGGGUCGCUGUCUGCAUCUGGAGAUUAGCCACGGGUGAGCCUCUUCGCCUUGUCUCUAAGCGAUUUGGUUUGGGUAUAUCAACUUGUCACAAGCUUGUUCUUGAAGUCUGUUCGGCCAUAAAGACUGUUCUCAUGCCCAAAUUUCUUCAAUGGCCUGAUGAGGAAAAACUGAAGAAUAUUAGGAAUGAGUUUGAAUCCAUUUCUGGAAUACCCAAUGUUGUUGGUUCCAUGUACACCACCCAUGUCCCAAUUAUAGCUCCAAAGAUCAGUGUGGCGGCCUAUUUCAAUAGGCGGCACACAGAGCGUAACCAGAAGACUUCUUACACGAUUACAGUUCAGGGAGUUGUCGACCCAAGAGGGGUGUUUACGGACGUUUGCAUUGGUUGGCCUGGUUCGAUGCCUGAUGACCAAGUUCUGGAGAAGUCCGCGCUCUAUCAGCGGGCAAAUGGAGGAUUGUUGAAGGGUGAUUGGAUUGUCGGGAGUUCAGGCUACCCUCUAAUGGAUUGGGUCUUGGUUCCCUAUACCCACCAACAUCUCACUUGGACGCAACACGCCUUCAAUGAGAAAAUUGGGGAGAUUCAAUGCGUUGCUAAGGAGGCAUUCACCAGAUUGAAGGGGAGGUGGAGUUGCCUGCAGAAACGGACAGAGGUGAAACUCCAGGACUUGCCAGUGGUUCUUGGGGCAUGCUGUGUAUUACACAACAUCUGUGAGAUGAGGAACGAAGUAAUGGGUCCUGAUCUCAGGUUUGAGCUUAUUGAUGAUGAAAUGGUCCCUGAAAGCAGACUCAGAUCAGUGAGUUCAAUGCAGGCUAGGGAUAACAUUGCUCACAACCUCCUACACCAUGGCCUUGCGGGCACCACAUUUUUCCAAUAGUUAAAGGUCUCCCCUCUUUGUUUUGGUCCUUUGAGAUUGCAAUUCUUUAGGAUACGGCUUUUAGAGUCGUGUCUUAGAAUAAUUCAAUUAUAAUCCAUUAUCAUUUGUUGAAGAGGUUUUUUGUAAAGGAUUCAUUUGCACCUCCUACAAAUAGAUGGAUGAUAUUUUUAGCUGGUAUAUCAUGUAACUUAGUUCCCAUACUAAAUUACCAUUUAAAGAGAUUUGAGAAUCCAAUAUACUUUUCAUGGUAUGUGAUCCUUUUUUCCCA